AUGCCAAGAUCAUUUUUAAAGACGGUCAAAGUGAGCAAAAAGCCCCAGCGUUAUGCUCCAUCUCCCAUCGAGGACUCGGAAGAAAGCUACCCCGCCUCUCCCGGGAUAGCCGUCACUGCUGAGCCCAGAACUGGAAGUGCUUUUACACCCGUUACUCCAAAGAAAAAAGAUGCUUUGGAUCUCAGGCUACCCACCAAUGGCGAGAUCAACCCCCAUCAUCGAUAUAUGCUCGUCCAACCUCCCCAGCCGUCAUCGCGACCGUUCCCGUUCACCGAUUCGUCCACGGCAGCCGUCCCGACCAAGCAACACAGUCCGACUCUCAGCAUUGAACAGCGCCUCGCUGACCUCACCAACGCUCGUCGUCAUCCAGGCCUACCCGUUCCGGCCAGUACGGCUGGUAGUCCACUCCCUGGCAGGCCGUCUUCGGCUGAUGUCCCUCCUUCCACGAUGCAGUUGGCGCUGACCGUCCCGAAGCUGCAUAACAGUACCAGUCCAAGGCUGAGGCCAGAUAUUGCCCCCUUGACCAUCGGGGAUGGUAGCCCUACCAAGGCAAGUGGCUACCGGUUUCAAGGAGAGAUUUCGAGCUAUGAUAUCCCUUCACCCCCGUCAAAUGAUUUCAUCAGUCGGGAGAUGAAUGAAUUACUCAAAGACGGUCGACUCAGUUACACCGACGUUUACCGCGCUCGAUUUGCCCAGCUAGAGAAGGACAUAAUUGGCACCUUGUCACCAGAAGAUCUCCGCUGGUAUAACGCCAAAGUGGGUCUCGCCAUCCCAAAUUUCGCCGCGUACCGUUCACCUCCGUAUUCGAUGGUCCAGCAUGCUCACGCGCGUCAUCAGCACGAAAAGACGCUGACACGUGACGGUAUCGUCCAUGGUGAGCCACCGCGUCUCCCCGGCGGCGGGAUUCCGCUAACACCAAGCAACGUCCGUAUUCCCGAGCACCACUCGCAUCAUCUCCAGCAGCGGUUGUCUCCAGAGGUUGACGAGGUCAGCGAUUCAAAGCUCCUCGAUUCGCCGCCAAUUGGCGUCGGUCCCCACUGCACAUUCAACUGUCUGGACUGUGGAAAGGUGUUCAGUACGCCGCACGGGUUGGAGGUCCACGUGCGACGUUCCCACAGCGGUAAGCGUCCUUUCGCCUGCGACAUUUGUCACAAGACGUUCGGCCAUGCUGUCAGCCUCAGUCAGCACCGCGCCGUGCACUCGCAGGAGAGAUCGUUCGAGUGCAAGCAGUGUGGAAAGACAUUCAAGAGGUCAUCAACGUUAUCAACCCACAUGCUGAUCCACUCAGACACCAGGCCAUAUCCGUGUCAGUACUGCGGCAAGAGGUUCCAUCAGAAAUCAGAUAUGAAGAAACACACCUACAUACACACAGGUAAAUACCAACUUGUUUUAUUUGGAAACUGCAUGGUGAUGUUUACUCCCCCCCCCCUCCCCACACACAUACUCGCAAACAUGCCUUUAUGACUUUAUGAAAUCAGGAAAGAUACUUUGUGUAGUCUUCAAUUGCCUUUACGCCACUCACUUCAUAGAUCUUCCACCAGCGUGUCAUUUUGUACAGUAUUAUUCGGACAGGGGACAAAAUAAUAUCUUAGUCCACAAUCUUCACCGUUUUUAAACAUGUUUUCAUCUACAUUUGAUGAAUUAUGUUCUUUUGCAUCGAGUUCAAUUGUGUAUGGUUACUUACUACGUUCACCUAUUUGCAUGUAAUAACGGUAUUGCAAAAUAAAGCAUUUAUGAAAAAAAUAAAUGUACGACAUUUUACACCACAUCAUUAAAGCUUUUCAAAUUUGGAAAGAGAAGAGGGGAUAGUGUGAACAUUUGAAAGGUGUACUGUCUUGCAUUUAUCUCUUUUACUUCUCGCUGAACAAUGUAGACAUGGUAGCCGGGCAAAAAACAAGAUACUUAAGAGAUUGCUUUUCAUAGAUUACCUCAUACAUUCCACUGUUGGUGAGAGAUCUAAGAAAAGGAUUUGUGAAGGUAAAUCUGUUUCGAUCGUUCCAAAUCAAUCUUUCUUGAAGCAAACACAAUUUACAGCCGAGUCAUCUGAUCAAUAUUCCUCCCAAAAGAAUGCAUCGAUUCGAUCGGACCGGGCGAACGAAGGCAAGGGAGAGGGGGACAUAAAAGACAAAACUGAAAGCGCUAAGCAGAUUUGUAAAUAAUCUAAAUCUUAAUCUGUUGCUAUCAGACAUUGUUUCAAAAGGCCAGUACAAGGAGGGGAACAGUUAUCGAUUGAGUCGCGAUUUGAACCGAAAAAAUAAUCGAUACAUUCUUUGGCGCCGAAAUACGGAGGUGAUUUUUUUUCUUCAUCUUUUGUGCAAUAUGCGCACAGGUUGAUUUUCGCACGGCUUCCCCCCUAGUCUGUCAG